UGCAGAACUGCUGCUGCUCUUUUUCCUUUUUUCUCGGCGGUUUCAAGGUCUUUUGUUUCCUUCUGGCGUAGAAACGGCCAAUUCCCCUCAACAGUCUGAGGUUCCGGCGCGUGUGCAGACCCGUGACACACCUCUCUGAUUCGUUUAGAAAAAGUCCGUUUUUUCCUGUCGUUGUCCUUUUCAUUCCUUCUCUCAUUCAUUUCCCUCGUCACCUUUCUCCCUGGCUUGCUGGCGUCUUCGCGGUUUUCACACGCCUCGACUUUCUCCGGGCCUCCUCCAAGCCCGGACAGCGGCGGGCAGGCGAAACCACGAGAAUACCACGAACCUUUUCCUUCUCUUCCGUUUUCUUUCCUCUCCUCCCUUUUGUCUUCCCUCUUUCUUCCUUAUUUUCUCGUUUUCCUGUCUCGAUUUUUUUUCUGAGUCCUUUCCUCAGUCUUUCUCGCUUCUGCAACAAGGCUUGCACAGAAACGAGGGCGUCCACACUUGCGUUGCUUUUUCCUGCGCUCUGUAGCGACUCUCGAGAGACAGUGGAGUUUUGGAGUCGCUGGGGGACGGCGACGCGUAUAGAGAAAAACCGCAGAAAAGAGAGGCAAUUUCGCUCUUCUCCCUUCUCUGGUCUCCGUCCGCGUUUCUCCCUCCAGCGAGCGAAUCGCAGACUCGCGGAACCCGUCGAAUUCUCCCUUUUUGCCCAGCCGCUAGUUGACACUGCUCCAAGAAGCAUUUUUAUCUCCGACACUAGGUCGAAUGCCCCGGGAUACUCGAUUUGUCAACCAGGAUACAUACGUGUAUGUUUGCGUAUAUGUAGCGCUCUUGUCGAUUUUACUGCGCAUGGCGCUUGAUCUAUGUUAGUGAGGAAGAGAAUGCGCGACCGCUUGCCGGCCGUUGCUUCGAGCGCGCCCCGCGGCGAGGAAAGGACGUAGACGACCGCGUCGAAUCCUUCACUUGGUCGACGGCUGGGGUCACAGAGGCCUUCCUGCGGGCGAUGAGGCAGCCUCGCUUUUCGCGAGUGUUUUGUCGGUCGACGCGGUGUGCAUCGCGAUGACUCGCGAGUCACGCAAAACGCAAAGCUUCAGCUGCUCUCUUGCCUCUCGCCUUUGAAGACGACGAGAACCCAGAUCCGCGACGAUGCCCCCGCUGCCUUGAUGCGCAGGUCACCGGCCGGCGGAUCUUCGAGGAAGCACACAAACGAAGGGAGGAAAGAACAAGAGCGAAGAACACGAGAGGAAUCCGGAGAGGAGAUCAAGUGAACGUCAGAGACGCCAACAAGGAAGAAAAUACGCGACGAGAAGAGCAAGAGCUUCCGCCCACCUCACGGAGUUCGAGCGCACUCCUAUCGAGACUGCUCUGUGCAGGCCGGUGAGACGCGGCGACAGCUUGUGUCUCCUCCCCGUCACUCGAGGUUCGUUGCGUCUCUCGCGGAAAGGUCCUAAGCUGCACACUCCAAUGGCGACGCCUGCGGGGCUCCCCCCGCCUGCCUUUGGACCGGCGAGCCUGUCGCCAGCUGCGGACUUCAGCUUCUCAGCAGGCGCAAAUGGCAGCAGCGACUGGCAGUGCUUGGACAGCGUGUGGUACCGGAAGUUAGACGUCUUCGACAUGGAGUGGAAGCAUGAGCGCCAGCUCUUCGACCUCUUUGUCGUCGCCGCUGCGCCGUACGGAGGUCCCGUUGCCUGCGUCCGAAACGAGAAGGUGUUCCAGCCGGCAAAGAAAAAUAUCAAACCGGAGCUGCAGAUAUUCUCGGCCCGCGGGCGCCUCCUCGCCAAGUCGCCGUGGACGUAUAGCCGGCUGGUCACCAUGAGCUGGAACAACGACGAGGUCCUCGUUUGUGUGUUUCAAGAUGGCGUAGUUCGCACGUUCUCCCCGCAGUGCGAGAAAUUGCAUUUCUUCUCUCUAGACGAAAGAAUCAAAGUGGAGGGGGGGCUCGUUCAGGCGGCUGUGGGGGGCUGCGGCAUCGUCGCUCUGACGGCGGCGCUGAAUUUCUACUACAACGACGCGUUCGACCGCAGCCAAACGAUCGUGCUACCAGACACAGGUCUCCGAGGCCCGCCUCUGAGUCUGUGCAUUUUGCCAGCGGCUCCAUGCGCGGGAUCUGACCCAAACGAAAAAACGUUUUCUUGGUUUUCUCCCUCGACGACGAAACUGGAGGAGCUGCGGAUCGUCGUGGCCGCAGAGAGUGGGGCUCUGCUGCUUCUGGAUCGACACAAAUGCGUCGACUUGAAACUCGACGACGGCCCGUUUGUCGCUCUCUCCGUUUCGCGCUCUGGUCGCCUCCUCGCCUGUCUCUCUUCUACAGGGCAACUGAGGGUGUUGUCGACAGCGGGGAUUCCUCGGGCAAUUGCGUCGCCAUUUCUCGAGAGACAAAUGCGUCCGAAACAAGUCCAGUGGUGUGGCGACGAUUGCCUCGCUUUGUACAUCCCCAUGCACACACCCUCAGGCGACGUUCAGCACACGCUGUUUCUGGGAGGCCCAAAGAACGAAUGGCUGCCUUUCCAGUACGGAACGACGCGCGGCGGAUCGGUUCUCUUGCUGGUCUCCGAAGUCGAUGGACUGCGCAUCGUGACGAACAGUAAAACCGAGUUUCUGCACAGAGUCGCCGCGAGCACAGACGCGGUUUUCUCCGUCGGCAGCUGCGAACCGCCAGCGAUGCUCUGCUACGCCGUGGAGCGGUACCGGGCUCACGACGCUGCGGCAGACGAGAGUCUGCGGUCGAUCAAGCAAGACUUAGCUGAAGCAGCAGAGGCAUGCAUCGACGCAGCGACGUACGAGUGGCAGUUUGAGCAAGCGGCGGCGCUCCUUCAGGCUGCUGUGUUCGGCCGCCAAUUUCUGGACGGAGGAGCCCGGCAAAGUUGCAGAUCCUUUGUCCGCGCAUGCAGAGACCUCAGGAUUUGCUACGCAGUUCGACAGCCACCUUUAGAGAUGCCGAUUUCUGUCGCUCAGCUGCGGCACAUGAGUCUCGCUACACUCGUUCGUCAUAUUGCCAAUCGGCGGCAACACCUGCUGGCCUACCGCAUCUGCCAGUACGUAGGCCUGCCUGCGCGAGCGGUCCUCGCGUCGUGGGCGAUGGAGAAAAUUCAGCACAGCGUCUCCUUGACGGAUGAAGAACUCUCCGCCGUCGUCUGUCGACGCCUCGCGCUCGCGUCCUCGGAGUCGCCUUUGGUCCUCGGCUCUCCCCCCGCGCUGCACAAAGAAGGAAAAGAAAAACUCGCCUCCGUCCUCCCGCUCGCGAAGGUCGCUCUCUGCGCUGCGCAGGCCGGCCGGCCUGUCCUCGCCACUCGACUGACCGAGUUCGAAGUUGUAACCAAGGAACAAGUCAAAAUGCUCUUGAAACUGGCAGAACUAAACAUCGCCAUGGAGAAGGCCGUCGGCUCUGGGGACCCUGACCUCGUCAUGCAGUGUCUGUACAGCGCACUCGCUCACGAGCAACAAGCCACCGGCGAAGAGUCGGACUUGUCGCUGCUGAUCGAGGUUCUGCAUGAUCGACCUCUCGCUCAAGACCUUUUCGCUUUGUACUGUCGAGAAACCGGACAGCGAAACAUGCUUCAACUGUACUACGAAAGAAGCAAUCGCGCGUGCGACGCAGGCUGGACGGCGUUGACUGUGGCAUCUCGUCAACGCUCUGGGGAAGAAAAGAAAAAGACACUACGGCGCGCCGCCAGGGGGUUCGCGGACUGCCAGACCUCCCAGGACCUUGCGGCCUUCGCGCAUGCAAGCGUCCUCUCUCAAAUCGACCUGCUCAACUACCAAACCGAACUGGAGGUGAAGGCAAACUCGCGAGGCUGGUCACACCCGCCGCAUGUCUUUGUCGGUCUGUCCCUCAUGGAGACUGUGCGUCAGGUGAUUCUCAAAAUGGAGUUUCACGAGGCAGACAACUUGCAGAAGGUUUUCAAAAUUCCAGAGAAGCGCUACUGGCGCUGCAAGAUCGACGCACUCGCUGAUGGACGCUUCUUCGACGAGCUCCUCGCUUUCGCCCAGUACCGAACAUCGCCGGUCGGCUACGAUCCCUUCAUCACAGCCUGCAUGCGCAACGAGGCCUGGGAAGCUGCAGCGAAACUCGUGCCAAAGGUGAAGGACCCCGAGGAACAGGCUAUGUGGUACUCUCAGCUGGGCAUGCAGCGCGAGGCGGAGGAGGCUGCAAAGAACGCCGGCUCUCAGUCUCUCAGCGGCGGCUUGCUUCAGACCCUCACAGACGCCCUCAAAGGCCGUCGCUGAACGGUAACUGCACUCCCGGCCCAACCUCAACUGCAUGAAGAUGGAAGAAUACAGGAACAAGAACUCCCCGAUUCGAAAGUCUCACCAUAUAUAUAAAUAUAUAUAUAUAUAUAUAAAUAUAUAUAUAUAUAUAUGAAUAUAUAUGAACAAACCCCUGCUUCUCUAUUCCUCGCUUCUGCUCGCCUCGUGUCUGUUUCUGGGUUUCUUUUUAAAGAUUUUUUUUUCGUCUCGCGCAAACAUACAAUCUGUCUUUUCAAAUCGUUCUGCUCAAAUGCCGGUUUCUUCGAUCGGUCAACGCUGUUUGCUUUCUCUGUCGGCGUCCAACGCCUAUCUCUGUGCCUCCAGCGAUGCGCUAAACAGCCGACCUUUUCAGAUACACUCGUUGGCGGUCUCCUGUUUUUUUAUUAUCUGCGCGCGUUCUCGUCCUUUCCACUUCUGAGUGCUCCCUCUCGUCGCGCCUUCUUCUCUUAUCACCCUCUCUUCUCUGUCUUCUCUUUUUACCCUCUCUUCUCUCUCCCCUUAUCACCCUCGCUUCUCUGUCUUCUCUUAUCACCCUCUCUUCUCUGUCUUCUCUUAUCACCCUCUCUUCUCUGUCUUCUCUUUUUACCCUCUCUCCUUUUUCUUUCGUGUCUCUUCUCUCUUUUCUUCGUCUCUCUUCUCUCUUUUCUUUCUGUCUUUUCUCGGUCUCUCUCGUCGUUACUUCAGUCUUGGUUCUCUUCUCCCUCGUUUUUCCUGCCGUCCCUGUCUGUUGCCUCGUCGUCCUCCCCGUUUCUCCGUCUUGUGUAUCGUUGCUCUCGAUUCUCGCUCUUGCGUAGCGGAGUCUGCAGAAGAAGGAUAGCAGUCACCUUGAAGACACAAAAAAGCAGCCUCUUUGCAGGCUUUUUUGCGUCGAUUCGAAUUGAGGCCGAGACAACAGAAAGAAGAAAGCAAUCUCCAGUUGAAGUAGCUCAUGUCGAAAACGCCAGGUCGAAGAGGAGUAUCUACAGAGGACACUGUUAGGAUAUAGUGAACACAGUGUGGCUGUGGUUUCUCGAACAUAAAUGCUGUGUAGGAGCUUUCUUUCCAAAACUCCACCUCAACAGAUGUGCAGUCUCCUUCAUGUGUUGCUGUUUCUCGCACGCAACUCGGCUGUUCUCUGAUAACAUCGGUGUCGUCGCUUCGAAAAAACGAAGCCGAAGCUGAGAGCGUUGAAGUCACACGAUAGGGAUUGUGCCGGUGUGUACCUCCUUGAUUCGUGUGAGGGUGCCUCUGACGUUUUCCUGUUCACUCUCUGAGUCAGCAAAAAAGCAGACGUAAGCAGACUUCCCCG